CGCCCCGCCCGGUGGCCCCGCCCCGCCGGUCUCGCCGUCUGUGAUCGCUGUCACCGCCGCCACCAACCCUGAGCGCCGUGGGCCGCCGAGGAAAUGGUGGGGCUCUGGCUGGGGCUGGUCGGACAGAAGCUGCUGCUCUGGGGCGCAGCGAGCGCCGUGUCCCUCGCCGGGGCCACUCUGAUCCUGAACAUCCUGCAAAUGGUGGCGAGUUACGCACGGAAAUGGCAUCAGAUGAGGCCCAUCCCGACCAUCGCCCGUGCCUACCCCUUAGUGGGACACGCGCUGAUGAUGAAGCCGGACGGGAGAGAAUUUUUUCAGCAGUUAAUUGAAUAUACAGAAGAAUACCGACACAUGCCACUACUAAAACUUUGGCUUGGACCAGUGCCCAUGGUGGCCCUUUAUAAUGCAGAAAAUGUGGAGGCAAUUUUAACUUGCUCAAAGCAAAUCGACAAAUCCUCCGUGUACAAGUUCCUAGAACCAUGGCUUGGCCUAGGACUUCUUACAAGUACUGGAAACAAAUGGCGCUCCAGGAGGAAAAUGUUAACACCCAGUUUCCAUUUUACAAUUCUGGAAGAUUUCCUCGAUGUCAUGAAUGAACAAGCAAAUAUAUUGGUUAAGAAGCUUGAAAAACAUGUUAACCAAGAAGCAUUUAACUGCUUUUUUUAUGUCACUCUUUGUGCCUUAGAUAUAAUCUGUGAAACGGCAAUGGGGAAGAAUAUUGGUGCUCAAAGUAAUGGUGAUUCCGAAUAUGUCCGGGCAGUUUAUCGAAUGAGUGAUAUGGUGCAUCGAAGAAUGAAGAUGCCCUGGCUCUGGCUUGACCUUUGGUAUCAUAUGUUUAAAGAAGGACGGGAACACAAAAGGGGACUUAAAAUCCUACAUACUUUUACCAACAAUGUCAUUGCUGAACGGGCCAAGGAAAUGAAGGCAGAGAAAGGAAGCAGAGGUGAUGACGGGGGGUCUGUCCCCUCCAAAAACAAGCGCAGAGCUUUCCUCGACUUGCUUUUAAACGUAACUGAUGAUGAAGGAAACAAAUUAAGUCACGAAGAUAUCCGGGAAGAAGUUGACACCUUCAUGUUUGAGGGCCACGAUACAACUGCAGCUGCAAUAAACUGGUCUUUAUACCUAUUGGGUUCUUACCCAGAAGUCCAGAAAAAGGUGGACAGUGAGCUGGAUGAAGUGUUUGGGCAGUCUGAUCGUCCUGCUAACUUUGAAGACUUGAAGAAACUUAAAUACCUGGAAUGUGUUAUCAAGGAGACCCUUCGCCUUUUUCCGUCUGUUCCUUUAUUUGCCCGAACGCUCAAUGAAGAUUGUGAGAUGGGUGGUUACAGGAUUGUGAAAGGCACCGAAGCCGUCAUCAUCCCCUAUGCAUUACACAGAGAUCCAAGGUACUUCCCAAAUCCUGAGGAAUUCCAACCGGAACGAUUCUUCCCCGAGAAUGUGCAAGGACGUCACCCCUACUCAUACGUGCCCUUUUCUGCCGGACCCAGAAACUGUAUAGUUCUGGAGGCUAGAAGUCCAAGAUCAAGGUGUCUGCUGAUUUGGUUUCUUCUGGUGCCUCGCCUUGGCUUGCAUAUGGCCAACUUCUCCUGUGUCUUCACUUGGUCUUUCCCUGUGUGGGUCUGUGCCCUAGUCUCUUCUCUAGGCAUAUUGUACUAGGACCUACCCAAAUGACCUCUUUAACCUUAAUGAUUUCAACCCUAAUGACCUCUUUAAAGACCCUGUCUCCAAAUCCAGUCACCUUCUAAAGUGGGAGUCAGGAUUUCAACAUAUGAAUUGUAGGAGGGAUUCAGCCCAGCCAAUAACAAAGCAUAAUCAGUGUCAUGCUAAAGUUUAAAAAUGCACAUUGUGGAUGAAAGUAGAAUAAAAUUUUUGUGAUAGAAAACUUAUUUAUAUGAUCAGUUAUAGUUAACCCAAUUUUCUCUGUGUGUGACUUUGAAGAAUUGUGUUUUGCAAAGCAAGCACAAAGAAUGCUGACCAUAUAGGCAGCGACGUCCUUAAGCAAAGUGAGUGCACAUUGCCAUGCAUCAUGAACACUUCGGACUUCAGUGGCACUAGCGUUUUAUCAUUUGGGUAAAUAUAGACAUUAGCGAAAUGAGACCAGAAUCAAAUGGAUGAAUCGGAAGCAUAUUUGAUGACUUUACAGUAAGUUAAAUUGAAGACCCAAUAAGAUAGAGUGUAGAGCAGAGAUUCUCAAGCUUGAAUGAGCCCAAGAUUCAUCUGGGACACUGCUAAAAUGCAGAUUUCUUGACCCAUCCUGAUACACUGGGUUGAACA